UGUUAGAGUGAAAAUUUGUGUCGUGACUUUAUAGACUUAUUUUUGCAAUAAUAAUUGUUAAACAAUUAUAAAUUGUUAAUAAAUCGAUUAAUUAAAUUAUUCUGAACAAAAUGUGAUAUAAAUUAUUGCUCACUUUUGUGAAUUUCGACCAAAAUUAAUGGACAUGUCAAUGGCGUUGGAGUUGACAAAGGCAAAUGUUAAUUUGUUGAAAAAAGGACAAAUGAUAACAAAAAGACAAAAUUAUUAAAAUUGGGACCAAUAAUAAUGACUAAAUUGGAUUGUCAAUGAAGCCAAAAUUAUUUUGGAGUAGACAAUACAUCAAAUUUGUUUAUGGUGAAUUGAAAUAACUGAAACUGCUUGUGUGUGAAAAUAUAACAUGAAUAAUACCAAGAAAAUGAUGAUAGUGUUGAGUGUGUUAUAAGGUGGUAAUGUGUGUAAAAGUAGUAGUGAAAAGUGUAAUUUGUGUAGUGAAAAGUAUGUAGUGUGUGACAGUGUAGUGCAGUGUAUGUGAUGAUUGAAGAUGUUGCUGAUGAAUCUACAUGGAGUUGGAGCUGGUUGAAGCAUUUUGAUGACCAACGUGGAAAGAUGAACAUCUGCUAAAAAGAUGAUGUAAAAGAGUCGACAUCAAUUGAACAUGGAGAUUGCUGUAUCGAUGAUGUAAAGGAGUCGACAUCAAUUGGACAUGGAGAUUGCUGUAUCGUUUUGACACAAGGCAAGUGUCGAGUGUGGUGGCCAACAUUGCUGGUGUUAAGUGUUUUUCAACUCAUUUAUUCAACAAUUCAAGGAUUAUAAAAAUUAAACCAAAUAAUUUUCCUUUAGGAAUAUGGCUUUGCAAAGUGUUGGCUUUCACUGUAGAAGACUAUACAACAACACCAACCAAUGCAUAAUUAUUUCACAAAAAAUAAUAUCAUAUGGAAUUAGAUAUUACACAAGUAAUAUCAAGCCUGAUUUAACAUCUGUACGUUAUAAUGUAAAACGUGGUCCAUUUGAAAAAAUAAAUAAUGGUCAUGUUAAUUUUUUUACUGACCUUCUUGGAAAGAAUCGUGUUACAACAGAUCCAGAUGAGUGUGAUACUUAUAAUAUUGACUGGAUUAAAAUGGUUCGAGGAAAUAGUAGACUAAUUUUAAAGCCAAAAACAACAAAUGAAAUAUCAAAUAUACUAAAAUAUUGUAAUGAUAAUAAACUUGCUGUUUGUCCACAAAGUGGUAAUACUGGUCUUGUUGGUGGUAGUGUACCAGUUUUUGAUGAAAUUGUUAUAUCAAUGAAACUUAUGAAUAAUAUUAUAUCAAUUGAUGAAUUAUCAGGUGCUUUAGUUUGUGAAGCUGGUUGUGUUCUUGAAUCACUUGAUAAUUAUUUAGAUAAAUAUCAAUUAAUGAUGCCACUUGAUUUAGGUGCCAAAGGAAGUUGUUUAAUUGGUGGUAAUGUUUCAACAAAUGCUGGUGGUCUGAGAUUAUUACGAUAUGGAAAUCUUCAUGGAUCUAUUCUUGGACUUGAGGCAGUCACAGCAAAUGGUCAAAUUAUUGAUCUUAUGAAUACUCUAAAAAAAGAUAAUACUGGAUAUCAUUUAAAAAAUUUAUUCAUUGGCUCAGAAGGUACACUUGGUAUUAUAACUAAAAUUUCAAUACAAUGUCCAACACGACCAAAGUCUACGAGUCUUGCAUUUUUAGGGCUAAAUAAUUUUGAACAAGUUUUAAAUACUUAUAAACUUGCAAAAUAUGAACUUGCUGAAAUAUUAUCAUCAUGUGAAAUGAUGGACAGUCAAUCAAUGGGAAUAAGUACAAAUUUAUUAAAAUUAAAAAAUCCACUUGAUAAUGAACAUAAAUUUUAUAUGAUCAUUGAAACAUCUGGUAGUAAUCAAAAACAUGAUGAAGAAAAAUUAAAUGAUUUUCUUGAAAAAUCAAUGUCAAAUAAUUUCAUAGAAGAUGGAACACUCAGUGGGGAUCCAGCAAAAAUUCAACACAUGUGGGCGGUCAGGGAACGUUUAGGUGAGGGUUGCCUAUUGGAUGGUUACUGUUUCAAAUACGAUGUGUCUCUGCCUCUUCCGCAUUUUUGGAAAUUAUUAGACGCCCUCGAAAAACAACUAGAUAUGUCAAGAGUCGUUAGGCUCAGUGGAUUUGGACAUCUUGGUGAUGGAAAUCUUCAUGUUGUUGUUGCAACACCAGAAUAUGAUGAAGUAAUUGACUCACAAUUAGAACCAUUUCUAUUUGAAUAUGUAUCGAAAUAUAAUGGUAGUAUAAGUGCUGAGCAUGGUAUUGGUUUUAAAAAAACAAAAUAUCUAAGUUAUAGUAAAAGUAAAUCAGCAAUUGAUCUUAUGUAUCAAAUGAAAAAUAUGAUGGAUCCCAAUGGUAUCUUAAAUCCUUACAAAGUUUUACCUUAGUAACUCAACUCAAUAUACAAUUUUAUUUUAUUUUUUUUAUUAUAUAUCUUUUUAUAUUUUUGACAAUAUAUAUUACAUGUUAUUUUAUCUUAUAUAUAUAUAAUUUUUAUUCGAGUCACAUAUACUUGUUGAAAGAAAAAUGAAAAAAUUUAUAUCGAAACUCGCACAUUCCAGCAAAGUUUCUAUUUUUUAUAUAAUAUAAAAAAAAAUAUAUAUAUAUAUAAUUAUUUUAAAAUGUAUAAUAAUCAUUUUUAAUUAUUUAAAAUUAUAUCUCAAAAU